ACGUACGUGUAGGAAGUUAGGCAUAUACAAGUACCUACCAAGUAUCUAAGGUGCUUGGGGUCGUUCAUCAAUUCACCAGCUCUUACCGCCCAGUGCGCCCCCACCGGCAGAAUGAAAUUUUUCUGUGAAGGUUUACUUCUCAAAAAGUUUGCCAGCCACGACGAUUAUUUAACAGCUACCACCAUCCUUCUCUCUCCGUUCUUUUCCCUCUCUCAUCCCCCUCUCCAACCCACCCUCGCCCAUCCCUCAUUGCCCCUCUCGCUCCUCCAGUAACCUGUCCACUCUAUCGCAAUGGGCAAGGUCAAACAAGCCAACGGCAAGGCCUCUAAGGCCACCAACCCUCCCCCCACGGACAAGAAGGCCAUCGUCGCCAAGGCCUCCAAAGUCUCCAAGGCCACCGAGGAAUCCAAGGUCAAGUCUAAGAAAGCUGCUAAGGAUGCCUCUCCGAAGAUUCUAGAUGGCAAGAAGUCCAAGAAAUCCAAGAAGGACGAGUCUGAGUCCGAGUCUGAGUUCGCGUCCGAGUCCGAGGAUGAAGAUGAUGCCUCCAAGGACUCAGAGUCUGAAUCUGAGGAUGCCUCUGACGACUCUGAGGAGGACUCUGCCUCCGAGUCCGAAGACGAGAAGCCUGCAAAGGCGAAGACUAACGGCAAAGCUACUGCGAAGAGCCCUAAGUCGGCCACCAAUGGCAGUGCCAAGGUCGUUAAGUCGGAUGCUUCGGACGAUUCCGACUCCGAGGAAGAAGAGGACAGCGACGAUGACGACAGUGAUGAUGAUGAUGCCAGUGCAGCUGUGACUAAAUCUGCGCAGCCCGCUGAUGCGGACAAGACCAAGGCUAGGGAUGAGUCCGCCGAUGAUGACUCCGACGACUCGCAUGAUUCUGAUCAGUCAGAUGCUGCCGGAGCCGAGAAAACUCAGUCCAAGAAGCGCAAGAGCUCCACCCUAUUUGUCGGAAACCUUGGCUGGGGCGUUGACGACAAUGCUUUGUAUGACGCAUUUAAGAGUUGCGACGGCCUCACGAACGCCCGUGUUGUCACCGACAAGCUCCAGCAGCGCUCUCGCGGCUUCGGGUACGUCGACUUCACCACGGUUGAAGCCGCCCAGGCUGCCUUCGAGGCUAUGAACGGCUUCGAGCUCGAAGGCCGUCCUCUGAGAUUGGACCCUUCGAAAUCUCGUCCCGCUGAGGAGGGAAAUCCCGCCGCUCGCGCUGCUGAGCGAGCUAAGCAACACGGCGAUUCUGUCAGCCCUGAAAGCGAUACUUUAUUCGUUGGAAAUCUUCCAUUCGAUGCUGACGAGGAUGCGGUGUACGAAUUUUUUUCCGAUGUCAACGAAGUCAAGGGCGUUCGACUUCCUACCGAUGUUAAUACUGGGCAACGCAAGGGCUUUGGUUACGUGACCUUCCACUCUGUCGAGGAUGCCAAGGCGGCAUUCAACGCGAAGAACGGCUCUUACCUGGGAGAAGGUCGAGGGGCUCGUCUCGUUCGCCUCGAUUUUGCCUCUCAGAGGCCGCCCCGUGAGGGUGGUUACGGGGGAAAUCGCGGCGGUUUCGGAAGCCGCGGCGGUGGCCGUGGCGGUGGCCGUGGCGGGUUUGGUGGACGUGGUGGCGGUCGCGGUGGUGGACGGGGAGGCUUCAAUUCCUCUCGCGGCGGCUUCCAGGGCAAGAAGAUUUCUUUCUAAAGUGCUACAGCCGCACGGGACGGUCUAUCCUGAAGGUUACUUGACGCACACAUGACGGUUGGCUCUUUGUGGGUUUGUCGGCUUCCAAAACUAUCGCUCCUCUGGAGUAGUGGGCUUUGAGGGCUAAGCUUCGUCGA